AUGGAAGAGGUCUCAGUAAUACCUCUUUACAUAUCUACGCUUCCAAAGUGUUUAACAAAUCAAGGAUUUCAUCCAAAUAAUUUAUAUGUCCGACGAAUUGAAGAAAUCCUUUCAACAUCUAGGCCAGUACUAUGGAAGAUGGAGUCGGAUAGUCAAUUUUCUCCCACAUAUUUUAACACAUCACUUACUUCGUUGCCUAGUAAUUUGACAACUCAUAACUUAGGGGAUGAUGUAGACCAAGGUCAAUAUUUCAAUGAUUGGUCUUUGAGGGAGAAUGAUGAUGAAGAGGAACCCAAGAUUAAUACCCACCAAACACCUCAUGCAGAAGAACGAACAAUCGAAGACUACGGAGGCUCGUCACAUGCAACGGGUUGUGACUUGUCACAUCCUUCUAGUAGCACAAUCACCAUGCCAGGUCAGUCUUAUUCUUCUGAAGAUGUGCAAGUUGGUGACAUAUUUAUAUCUAAGAAGGAUUUAAAGAUGUGGUUAUCUAUGUUAGCAAUUAGAGUUAACUUUCAGUUUAGGGUGAAGAAGUCGACCACAACAUUAUACAAAGUUAUAUACUUAGUUGAAGAAUGCAAAUCGAAACUUCGAGCCGUUAAAUUGAAAAAUUGUGAAAUAUUUAAGAUCUCUAAGUAUGACAAUUUCCACACAUGUAGAAAUGAAAUAUUGACUAACAAUCAUAGACAAGCUUCUAGUUGGGUUCUCAGAUAUCUAAUUUCGUCGAAGUUUGAAGAUGUUAGUCAUUCAUAUAGACCGAAAGACAUUGUCAAGGAUAUAAAACAAGAGUAUAGUGUGAGUUUAAGUUAUGACAAAGCAUGGAGGGCAAGGGAAGAAGUGUUAGUGCUUGUUUGGGGGUCACUGGAAGAAUCGUACAAGAAGUUACCUAAAUUUGGUGAAGCCUUACAAAUUGAAAAUCCUGGUUCAGCCUUUAAAUAUGAUCUGCAAGAAGAUAAAUAUUUCAAGUAUGUCUUUAUGGCUCUUGGUGCUUCCAUAAGGGUGUUUCUGAAUUGCAUUCAACCUGUUUUAAUUGUAGAUGGAACACGUUUAAGGGAUAAAUAUAGUGGUAAACUCCUGCUUGCGAUUGAGGUCGAUGAAAAUAAUCAAAUAUACUCAGUCGCAUUCGGUAUAUUUGGUAGAGAAACUGAUGAAUCUUGGGUGUGGUUCCUUCAACAAUUAAGAUGUGUAAUUGGGCAAGUUUAUAAUUUGGUUAUUGUAUCAGAUAGACACCCUAGCAUAAAAAAGGAAAUUAUCACGGUCUUCCCAAAAGCAUUUAAUGGUAUCUGCAUCCAUCAUUUGAAAGCUAAUUUAUUAGUUAAUUUUAAGAAUAAAGAUAUUUUCGAUAAAGCAGCAAAGGCAAAUCGUGAGUCUGUGUUCAAGUACCACUGGAGUCAAUUUGCAGGGUAUCCAGGUGCACACAAAUACCUAGAGGAUAUCGGUCUUGAGCGGGGGGCUAGGAUGUACCAAUACCAUAUUAGAGGUUGGUUACAGGAUUUGUAUCACAGACGUCGAAUGGAAGCAUCAAACAAUACGUCAAGACUGUCGAACUAUGCGAUGACAAUAAUUCGUGACGCUGCAGACAAAGCGAGUAGAUAUGAAGUUCGACCAAUUGACCAACAUGAGUUUGAGGUGAUAGAUGGAGGAUUGGGAGGCCGUGUCAAUAUUCACGCAAGAAUGUGCACUUGUCGCAAGUUUGAUUAUUAUGAAAUCCCUUGUUCACAUGCCAUUGUUGCAUGA